AUGAGCACGGCCCUACGCUCCAAUUUGGCAUCGAAACCGGUUGAUGAGUCUCUUGCGGAACUAGAUGCCAGGUGCAAAGAUGGCCCAUUGACUUCAAUCGAUAAUCUGAAUGUGGGACCCUUCGGCGUCUUCAGCCUGGAGCAGGAGCAGGAUUCUCACAAUCCUCAGUCUCACCACGACUCACCUCAACUGGCCGUUGACGCGCCAUCUUUCGAUGGCCCCGAACAAGAGGAAGCCUUGCCAUCGGUUAGGUCUUUCGAUACAUUAAACGACAUGCAUGACUUUCUCGACUGGCCAGAUCUCUUUGACCUUGACUUCACUGGCAGUGAACCACUUCCCCAAGAUUUUGAGUGGGACAUUGAGGAAAUAUCGACCCAACAUCAGGACUUUAAUUCACUGAUUGCUCAUGAGCACCAGCCCACCUCCAGUAUUCUGGGUGCACCUCAGGUCAACGUGGCUAGCGCACAUUCUGGCCUCAAUCCCAGCGUGCCUGAGUUUUCUAUUAAGAGAGCAACGCCGAAAGACUUACGACCUGAAGAGGCGGAGUUACUUCUGAGACAUUUCAAAGACCAUGUCAUUCCCCACAUGCGAAUCAUGCUUGUUGAGAAAAAGUCGCCCUGGGAAAUCAUCCACCUAGACUCUGCUAUGGUCACUUUGGCCAGAUUGACUUACAUGACUUCUCAGGGUGUAUCACAUGCUGCUUUGACCAAUCUGCUGGCACUGUUGGCGAUCUCAGCACAACAUUUGUCUGCUCAACAGGCAGGGCAGGGCACCGCUUCGGUUUCGCACUGGCAAGAAGUUGCAAAUAAGACGAUCGAUGAAGCAAAGGAAAAUUUGCAACUAUCUCUAAGGAACGAAACCAGAGGACAGAAUCAAGCAAAGUACAAAGAACAACUCUCGGCAAUUAUUGCUAUGCUUGCUUUUGCCACCCUUUACGAUAAACAACAGGAUGCUCGAGCGUAUAUGAUUGACGCCGAGCGGCUUCUCCGACUGCGUGGCUUAGCUAAGAGAAACAUCUCACGGAAAGCCAGAGAACUGCAUCAUGUUUAUACAUGGAUGAGAAUCAUCGGAGAAAGCAGUUAUGUCCUACGCAACUAUCAGAACGUAGGAGUAAAUGCGGCCAUUGGAAACAAGCGACAAUCCGCAAAUGAGCCACGCAGGGAUGCGAACAAUCUCGGCCCAACAGAGCCUCAAUACCAAGUGGGGCCCAAUCCUCGGUUGGACGACUUCCUUCGACUUGAGCCGAGACCUUCUGACAGCGAUGUUGACGACAUGGCUCAGAAGGACCGUGAAAUUGGUUUGCAUGAUAUCCACCUUGAAGACACUCGCCAGUUUGCCGAGACAAUGUACAUGGAGCUCUACGGCAUCUCGGAAACCUGGUUGAGCCUUGUAUCUCAAACUACCCGGCUGGCCAACGUUAUGGACAGCUUGAAUGUCAACAAAGAACGGAGAGAUGUGGAGUUCAUGGAGCUGCUAGAACGACGCAAACAGCGUUUAGAAAACAUGGUCUGCUCGUUUGCAGCAAUGGACCGUCGAGCCGCUGAGCUUUCAACUUCAAGCGGAACGGCCAGAACCAUUGAGGGCCCUCGCCAUCACAUGGUACGAGCCCUCAACGCAGCACUGGUGAUUCUUUUUUACCGAAGGAUCAGAAAGGUCAACGCAUGGAUAUUACAAGAGCACGUCGACAAUGUCAUACGUGCUCUGAAAGACUUUGAAAUGCUCUGCCAGAGAGCCAACAUUGAAGAACCUGGAACCCCUUGGCCUGCCUUUCUAGCCGGCUGUGAAGCGUUGUAUCCUGCUCAACGCGAGUAUCUCCUGGGCUACCUCGACAGGACGUUUACUUUGACAGGCUUCACUAGAUUGGAGACGGCCCGUACAUGCAUGGUCAAGGUCUGGAGGCGGCGCGAUGACUCUGCCGAAGGUGGAGAUAAGAGAAUGCGAGAUCAAGUCUGGACAUGGGAACAUAUCUCGAAAGAGAGCUUCCUCCACGUGUUAUUAUCCUGA